ACACGACACUUGGCGCCAUAGGAAGCCUGUAUAUGGGCGGUGAAGAGUUGGGGAAGUUCGCUCAUGGUUGGCCUUAAAUCCCUGCAUAUGUUUUAUAAAUGAAGAACCCUACCCAGGGACUGUAAGCCCAACAAAUGGCGCCUCAAUACUGGCCCUCCUCCCAGCUACGACUUCCUUCGAGUAAGAAAAUCGAAUCUAGAAGGUCGUGCUUUUGAAAACUGCAUGCGCCUGAAGCAAACGCGAAUCUUGGAGGCGAGAUCCGCUUGGUUAACCGUAGUGUGGCGCUCCUGUAGUGCUUGUUUCAACAGUUCGCAAUAGGGCAUCAGAAAAUUUGGUUGUAGGAGGUCACAGUGUUUUUUUUUUCUUUUUUAUUGUUUAACCUAGGUAGGACAAUAGACAGUAUAAUAGCAAGAGCUUGGUGGCGACACCAAUCGCACCGUUCCAAAGGGGACGCUGAUAACAUCCAUCAAUCUAUACAACGAUCCAUUUGGACCAUAGAGUAACAUAGUAUACAACAAGAGCGGACACUCGAGCCGUUUCGCGGCCGAGCUAUGCAGCUUCGCCGAUUCCGCUAGGUGGCAGAGCCUAUCAAGAAAAAUGCAGCUGUGGCUGCGGCUAGCAGCUUGACAGGCGGCACGACCACUGGGCACGACCCAACAUGUGCAAAGCCUUGUCAGACCACUCUACCGGGCUCUUUCUGUAAAGUGCACCUGAGCAUCGUUUUUGGGUUUUUCUGCCAGCGUCUGCUUCGUCGCCGUUUCACGGAAUCUCCACCAUUUCCUUAUAAUACACUGCACAGCCAAAGGACAUCACGCAUACUCAAGGGCAAAAUUCCAAGUAUCAGAAGACGAUUGCAAGGCUUCGAAGACAGCAGGUGAAGACCCCCAACACAAAGUGCUUAAUUGCAGCUCUUUAAUGACGCACACACUGGCUUACACAUUCGAGAUGAAGAUGUUUGUGCGUGCUCAAUUAUUUUUGCAGCCAUUUCAUUUCGGCACGCUACCAUUCACAUAAUCUUGCUGCCCUAAUUCACCUUCUUUCGCAGAAGUACAAGAAAUACGUCAUAUUUUUUUUCUUCUAAAACCAUCCCAUUUUAAGCAAAUUAAUUGCUGUCGUGUAUUUGCAGUUUUCUUUUUCAUUAUCUGGAUAGUUGCAACACGUCUUCUAUGUGUUUUGCUUGUGCAAAGUUAUUGCCAUCACACCAUUCAUUUUCAACUAUUCUCCAUUAUACCGGUGUCACACGACCACUUGCGAUCGCGAACAAGGCCGAUCCGGAUUGAAAUUCGCGACUGAUAUUGGCGCCAUCGCGCAGCUUGCGCAAAAGAACCAAUCGUGACUGAGAAAUUCAAAUCGGAUUGGGCUUGAUCGCGUUUAAAAGUGAGCCGUGUGACACCCGUAUUACUUGAAUUUGGCUGUUUCUUCCCGUUUUCAUGUAUCUGCCUCUUACAAUCUUGCUGCAAUAAAUUGUUGUCUGCUAUUUUCGUGUUCUUGACUGUGCAGCAAGUUUAUUUACAUUUAUGGAACACGGCACAUUUAUUUACAAUACACCUUUUGGCGUGAGUUACUAGACGUACAGUAUCAUAAGCGAUAAAGUUCUACUUCCUCAACAGUUGGCAUGAUUGUUGCGCCAAGUUACAGCUUGAAACAGCAAAUAUGAAUUUAAAUUAAACUAACAUGAGUGAAACACCUUUGCGCGCUCGUCGUCACAAGAAAUAAACAGCGGUACAAGCGCCUGCAUGAAAUCACGCGAUUUAAGCAAAGGUAUGGGUCCCCCCCCCCCAAAAAAAAAUAUAUAUAUAUAUAAGAAACAAAACUGAAGGUGCAGCCUCCGAGAUUGGGUAGUGUGCGCGACCAUCUUGGAGGCUGGUGCGCUUCGCCGAUUCCGUUAGGUGCGCUGAGAGCCAAAGUCGGCCGCAGGCGCCUAUGGGAGUGUCCGCUCUUGUCGUAUACUUUGUUACUCUAUGUUUGGACCACCGACGACGUUGGCUGGGCCUGAGUGGCAGUGAGUGCCCGUUGCAGUACGGCGGUAAACGAAUUAUAUUUUAGAAGUGCCAAGACAAAAUGUGCUCCUUAUCCUGUGCAUUAACCAUCACAAAACCUCCGGGCUCGUUUAACGCUAAUAGUUCGCUGUGUGUUUCGUGCGAUGCAUCAGUGUCAAAUGUGUACUGCUACAGCGCCCGUCCGAGCUGCCUGCCCGCACUCACGUGAAAAGCCUGGUACUGGAGCUUCGAAUCGUAGUGCACGGAAGAAUUUGUUGAAGGUGCUUUGGUGGAGCUGGAGUUCAUCGGAAGCUCUACGAUGCUAGCGCCGGAAAAGCGUAAACGCCACGGUACGUGUAAAACGAAGGAGCGUUUGCCGACUACGUCUUGAAAGGUGCUCAAAGGCUAUGCGGAUUCUGGAGGCAUCUCUACAACCCGCAGGAACCUGCUGCACGGCUGGAAACUGGACAGCACAACGAUACAGCCGCUCAUCAGCGUGCUUUCGCAAAGCGGCACGGGUGGAGGCCGCCUGCCCGGCCUUCGUGGCCGUAUUCGGCCUGGUCGGCACCUCCACGGUUACGGGAGUGUGCGAGCCACUUUUUCAGCCGCUCGACGAGCAGCCCACCAUGGAGGUGACCGUGGCGACAGACUCUGUGGGCACCACGGCUGGCACAAGCGGCCUUUCACGUGAAAGAGCACUGCGGCAGCCAGAGGUCCCUGCAGAGCCACUGCCCCGAAGCCCUCCAGCUGCACAGCCUACAGCUGGCCCUAGCGCAGUGAGAACCAUGGUACUUUUUCCAGGCUACCAACCCUGCAUACAGCGCCGGUCUCGUGGUCCCCAUCGGGUCUCCCACCGGGAGGCCCUGGCACAACGCCUGGCCAACGACUACGCCAGAAGUGUCGUGCAGACAAACGAAGUGCGUGUGCAGGGCGUAGACCGGCUGGCUGCAGCUACUGAACGGGUCGUGGCUGCUGUCGAGCGGCAGGCUGACCAAGUUGCAGAGGCACUGCGGCCAGUGGGCCAGCUUUCGCAGCUCCUGGCCCAGCUUAUGCAGGAGGCAGUGAAUGCAAAAAGGCUCACAGCAAGGCGUGUUAAUUUCACCACGGGGAUAUGAAGAAUGCAUUAUCGUCGCUGCUUGCUCGUGGCUUCGAAGUACAUGUAUUAAAGGGUUGCAAAAUAAAUAUCGCUGUUUGUAAA